GCUUUCUUUUUCUUUUCUUUAGUUGUCUCUGUAGCAGUCUUUUGAUUCUGGGAAACAAUAUCUUUCGUGAGAAUCCAACGUUUGACUAUUCGAGAGCAGAAGCUUGAGCGUUUUCCCUGUUGGGUUUACCUUGUUGAAGGGGUUUUUGCUCUGGAACUCAACUAGGGUUCUGCAGACUGGUCAAGGCUGAUGAACUCAUCUAGGGUUUGGCCUUGAUUCAUGGAUUUGUGGACUCUUUUUCUGUUUGCUGAAGGGAAGGGGAGAUAACGAUAGGUGUCUGGGGCUUCAGAAACAGAGCAAAAAUGAGAUGCGACAAGCCAAUUUGGAUUAGACAUGAAGGAAUGCAAUUAUUUUCAAUUGACAUCCAACCUGGUGGGCUUAGGUUUGCAACUGGUGGCGGAGAUCACAAGGUGCGGAUAUGGAACAUGAAAUGUUUGGAUAAGGAUUCAGAAAAUGACCAAUCAACUCAGACACUGCUAGCUACACUCCGUGAUCACUUUGGGUCAGUUAACUGUGUUAGGUGGGCAAAGCAUGGCAGGUAUGUUGCGUCAGGAUCUGAUGAUCAGGUGAUCCUAAUUCAUGAGAGGAAGCCUGGGUCAGGCACAACUGAAUUUGGUAGUGGAGAGCCCCCGGAUGUCGAGAACUGGAAAGUCAUAAUGACUUUGAGGGGACACACUGCAGAUGUGGUAGAUCUUAAUUGGUCUCCAGAUGACUCAAUAUUGGCUAGUGGGAGUUUGGAUAACACAAUUCAUAUUUGGAGCAUGAGCAAUGGAAUCUGCACUGCUGUCUUGAGGGGUCACUCAAGCCUGGUUAAAGGUGUUGCUUGGGAUCCCAUUGGUUCUUUCAUCGCAAGCCAAUCAGAUGACAAGACUGUCAUUAUCUGGAGAACAAGCGAUUGGAGUCUUGCCCAUAGGACAGAUGGGCAUUGGGCGAAAUCUCUUGGUUCCACUUUUUUUAGGCGGCUCGGAUGGUCACCUUGUGGCCAUUUUAUCACCACAACUCAUGGUUUUCAGAAGCCCAGGCAUUCUGCACCUGUAUUGGAAAGGGGGGAAUGGUCUGCCACUUUUGAUUUCUUAGGGCAUAAUGCCCCGGUUAUAGUGGUGAGAUUCAACCACUCUAUGUUCCGGAGGAACUUCUUAAAUGGUCAGGAAGUAAAAGCUGCACCUGUUGGAUGGUCUAAUGGGGCCUCUAAGGCUGCGGCAAAAGAAUCGCUGCCAUACAAUGUGAUUGCAAUUGGAAGUCAGGACCGUACUGUAACUGUAUGGACAACUGCAAGUGCUCGUCCUCUCUUUGUUGCCAAGCAUUUCUUCACUCAAAGUGUGGUAGAUUUAACAUGGAGUCCUGAUGGUUAUUCACUAUUUGCGUGUUCCUUGGAUGGGACGGUGGCAACUUUCCACUUUGAGGUUAAAGAGCUUGGCCACCGAAUAAAUGAUGCUGAAUUGGAUGAGUUAAAAAGAAACCGCUAUGGUGAUGCUAGAGGACGACAGGCAAACUUAGCUGAAAGCCCAGCACAGUUAUUGCUAGAAGCAGCAUCUGCUAAGCAAUCUGCUGGUAAAAAGAUCACUGCUGUUGUCCAGCCAAACCACACAUCUGUAAAAUCUUCAGGGGAUCCUGGUAGCACAAAUGUUAGUCAGACGCUUCUAAAGUCUUCUGAUUCCCAACUUGAUGAAGGAAAGAAAAAUGGAGGAGCCAGUGGUGAUGGAUUAAACAAAGUACCAAGUUCUGUCCGGAUUUCUAGUCCUGUAAAGCAAAGGGAGUAUAGGCGGCCUGAUGGCAGAAAGAGGAUUAUUCCAGAAGCAGUUGGUGUACCUGUUCACCAGGAAAGUAACUAUGGUGGGGCCGCAGCUCAAGUGCUUGACUUCCAUCCUGCAGAUCAGCGAAUAGGUGAUAGUGGGGGGCUUCUUGCUGAUGUUGCCAGCAGGGAAGGUUCUCUUAAAAGACCGUUUAGUGGAAACCCUGAAGCAAACCAUUCUGGUGUUAAAGAACGUUCCGGGAUCAUUGCUAGGGCGACCAUUAGUGAAAGCCUUGUUAUUGAAAAGGUUCCAGUCUCUGCAGGUGCAGAUGGGACAAUCAGUGUAGAAAAGUCUGGAAUUGUGAAGGCUUCUGGUUCACAGCUUGCUUGCUGCACUGCUCUUUCAAUCAGGGUCUUUGAUAAGAAAGAAAGGGAAGAUUGCAUUCCAGUUUGCUUGGAAGCUCGCCCUGUAGAAAGAGCUGUUAAUGACAUGGUUGGGAUUGGAAAUACAUUUACGACUAGAGAAACAGAAGUAAUAUGCACAAGAGGGGCUGAAACACUUUGGUCUGACAGAGUGUCUGGGAAAGUAACUGUCUUAGCUGGAAAUUCAAAUUUCUGGGCUGUUGGGUGUGAAGAUGGUUGUUUACAGGUAAUUUUUUAA